AUGGCAAUCAUACUAAUAACCACUCACUGGCUAUCGGCGCUCAAACACCAAGAGUUAGCGCCAUUCAACCCAAACCCCGCCAAAUACAAAGUGUAUCGCAAUGUCCGCGACUACGGGGCCAAAGGGGACGGCGUGACCGACGACUCGGCCGCCAUCAACCUCGCCAUCAGCGAAGGCGACCGAUGCGGCAAAGGGUGCGGUUCGGCCACUAUAUCGCCGGCCAUCCUGAUCGCCCACUCAUUACUGCAAUACUAUUACACCCAAUUCAUUGGCGACCCGAUUAACCUCCCGGAGCUGAUUAUGGCGCCCAACUUUAAUGGCAAUAAUGUGCACGCGUUGAUCGUGUCGGACAAUUACUAUCGCUUUGGUCAUAGACUAGCAACUUCAAAGGUCCAACCGUACAUAAUUGUAAAACAGUUUGUACUCUAU